AUGCCAGCUGGAGUAAUCCACUUUGUGACGGAGACGGGGCAGAGCGAGAUUGGCGUGCCGGGCAAGAAGAGGCUGUCGAGGAUAAAUUCCCAUGUCGCUCGAUUCUCCCACAACCGCCGUAAAAACAACAAGAACAACAACUCGACCACUGUCAGCAGAACGUCUUCUCCCCUGCAGGUCGACUUUGUGUUGGAAAGCCCGCGGACUGAUGAUUCCCGAUCGUCCAGCGACAGUCCCAAAAGCGUCACCCCGUAUCCGGUGCAACUCGUCGCUGAAGACAUCAAAGACCCGAAUGUAAUCCAAGUGGGAUUGCCAGAGCGUCGCCCCAGCACCGGGUCACAUGGGUCGAACGGACUCGAGGCUAAUCAGUUGACUCGAUAUAACAGCGCGCCCGCUGCCGUUCCAGUGUCCAAUGACGAAGACGAAAGCUAUGGCAAAGCACUCGCCAGGAGGAAUUCCGAGGAAGCCAUCUCGUUCGGUCAUGUCCCUCGCAUAGGCUCCUUGGGGUCGACGUUCCAGCUGGGGAAUACCUUUGAUCACUAUGAGAGGUAUCUUCUCAAUUACUGUGGGUCUCUUCUCUCCGCCGUCUUGUGA